AUGGGGCUGAAUGUGCAUCACUAUGCGCCCAGGACGCAUGCCCAUGGAGCUUGUUGGCGCCCAUGGGAGAGCCUGCGCAUAAUAAAAGCAGAUAACUGGAGGCGAAAGCGUUUCAUCUGGGGUGGCCUACCUCCUCCCAGGGCGCUGUUCAAACAAACAUCAUCACAGCAACCAUCACACCCAGGACACGACAUCGACCACAUCUCCUUUCUGCCUUUCCCUUCUCUUGUGCCUUUGGCAGACUACAGACGAGUACUGCUAACCCUUUGGUCUAUUCAACCAUGUCACUUAGCAGCAGCCAACGCUGCACAGCCUGAUAACGAAAUCCGCUCUCUCCUGCUUGGUGAGCCCUUGAUCCAUGCUGUUUCACGUCUCCUGGAUUCCAACGGAGUUCCAAACGUUCUGUGGGGAAACUACCUUCUCACUGUCUAUGGAAUUCCGUCGCUAAGCAAUGAUGCUUCGUUUGCAAUACCCGACGACAAGAUACCCCGAGUGCGUAAGCUCUUUAACAGCGCUGCUGGCUUAGUCUCCUGCGCAGACCAGAACUGUAUCAUUGUUACAAUUCGAUCCCGUCCUCCCCCUACCAACCAUUUCCACUUGGACACAGAAGACACGCAUAUCUAUCUAUACCCGCUGUCCGAAGUUCUUCCAAAUAUUCCCAGCAUCCCAGAUGCCGGCGACAAAAUCAUCUCCGCGUCUGACCUCGGUUGCCUUCCUGGGCCAAUAAUAGGCUACGGCAAGGGUGCGUUUGCUCCAGAGUACAGCUCCGUGCUUGUGCCUUCAAUUUCCUGCUUCCUGGAAGCCUGCCUCGUCAACUAUGCACACCUUGCUCGGGGCAUUGAGGACAAUCCAGGAUGCUGCCAUGACCUGCACUACAUGAGCUGGGCAUCGUAUCUCGUACAAUACGUCCAUCCACGCGGGUACCUCAACCUUGACUUGCUUCAACCGGUGUUCAGAAACUUUAUGAUUAAUGGCUUUUUGGAAAAUAGUACUGCUGGAUUUGUGGCAGCGAGGGAGAAACUCAUUGCUUCUGUCUAA